UUCGAGGAAGCUCUGUGAGGAGUCCAAAGAACUCUGUGGAUUCAAAGUAGUUAUACCCUGAGGAAGACGGUGAUCAACCUCAUCACGUCCCUCCGUGCGCCAAUUUUACUGAAGCUCAAUUCAGAUUCUUCCAUUAAUCCGCAGAUAGCUACUAGGACAUCUAAACUAGAUGGAAAUUUUGCCGGGCGUAGGUGUAGUAUCGAAUUUGUAUCCCUUGCUCCACAAAUGCAAUCAAGCAUGAAAGGAUGAAACCAUCAAUCUGGGUCGAUCAUUUGAGCUGGAAGCCUCUUCCUGAACAGAAAACCAUGGAUCUCUCUAGCAUCCCUUUUAACGUGGGGCGUCUCUCCGGGUCCUUGCAUUUUCCUGAAAAUAAGUUUGCAUAUCCAAAGAUAUGAGAUCCCUAACAGGCAUUAAGUCAAAAAGCUGAGGCUUCCACUUCUCAUGCAGAGGCAUCCAUAAAUAAGGAUAUGCCCUUCUAACUCACUUUUAAUACAGAAAACAUCAAUCUGCAUUCCAUGUUCAGCAAUGCCCAGAAAGCCCACAUGCUUUUAGACCAGUCAAAACAGUGAAUUCAUUCAGUUCAAUUCCUUAAAACCCAUUUGGCCAACCUCGCACGGCUUUACCCGUCUGUAGAUACCCACCCACAUGAGCCACGUCCAAGAUAAUGCGUUUCUUUCUGGAAUUCUGUCAAAGACAUCAUGUGCAGUAUCAAUUUUACCACAUUUUCCAUACAUGCACCCAAGAUCAUCGCUUGUAAUUAGAUCAGAUUUGUAACCCAUCUUCACUGAAGCUGCAUGAACAGAAUUUCCCUGAACCAGCAUGUAGUUCUUUGAACAGUUCCUCACUGGGCUUGCGGUUAUUCUCUACCACUCUGCCUCACUGAUAAAAAUGAGAAUUACUACCUUGAUUGUCAGAGAAAUAGAAGAUCAACUUCUACCCGUGUUGCAAAACUGUACCAGCAUAAAAGAUUUGAAGAGGAUCCAUGCCCACAUUAUCAAAUACUCGAUGUCCCAAAGCAACUUCCUUGCGACAAAGAUCAUCGAUAUAUGUGGUGGCAAAGGAGAAACAGACUAUGCAAUUUCAAUCUUCAAGCAGGUGAUCCAACCGAACAUCUUUCUUUACAAUGCAGUAAUCAGAGCUUACACUCACAACCACCUCUAUUACCAAGCUGUGACCAUUUACAAGCAAUUACUGAGACACCAGCAAGCAGAAAACCACAUUUCUGCCGACAGGUUCACCUUCCCCUUCAUACUCAGAGCUUCUGCUGGUCUUCUAUAUCUCAACCUCGGGAAGCAGAUACACGGCCAUUUAUGCAAAUGUUGGCCCACUGAGAAUAAUGCAAUUGACAAUUCACUGCUAGAGAUGUACGUAAAAUGUGGUAAUCUAAUUGAUGCACACCAAGUAUUCGAUGGAAUGAGGGAGAAAGAUUCAGUCUCAUGGAACAUCCUUAUUUCUGGGUAUGCAAGAUCUGGACGGAUGAAGCCUGCCAAAGACAUCUUCAACUCAAUGCCAAAUAAAACAAUAGUUUCUUGGACCGUUUUGAUUUCGGGUUAUACCCAAUUUGGCGAAUACCUAAACGCCUUGGAGGCCUUCCGUCAAAUGCAGCUCGCAGGCAUGAAAAUGGAUGAGAUCAGCAUCGUCUCUAUUCUGCCUGCUUGUGCGCAGGUAGGAGCUCUCGAAUUAGGCAAAUGGAUCCAUGUCUAUGUCGAUAAGAACAGGCUAUUGCACAGGACGUGUAUCUGUAACGCUUUGAUCAAGAUGUAUGCAGAUUGUGGCAGUAUCAAUGAAGCCCACCAGUUGUUUGAUAACAUGUGUGAAAGAGAUGUGAUCUCAUGGAGUACCAUGAUUGGAAGGUUAGCAAAUCACGGGAGAGCUCAACAAGCAAUUGGACUGUUUGUGGAGAUGGAGAGAAUUCAGAUGAAGCCGAAUGGUGUCACCUUUCUUGGUCUUUUAUCUGCCUGCGCUCAUGCAGGCUUUCUGGACGAGGGAUUGAAGUACUUUGACUCAAUGAUGAAGGAUUACUGUAUAAAUCCAAGUGUUGAACACUAUGGGUGUGUGGUAGAUCUUCUUGGACGUUCAGGUCACCUCUCUCAAGCCCUUGAAUUCAUUGAUAAGAUGCCAAUUGCACCAGACGCGGCUGUCUGGGGGUCUUUGCUCAGUGCCUGUAGAACUCACAACAACGUCGAAAUGGCCGUAACUGCAAUGGAGCACCUCCUUGAGCUUGAACCAGAUGAUCCUGGCAACUAUGUACUACUUUCGAAUAUUUAUGCUGCUGCAGGGAAGUGGGAUGGAGUUUUGAGGAUGCGGAAGCUGAUGAGAAGUAAGCGAAUGAAGAAAAUGCCUGGGUGCAGUUUGAUUGAGGUGAACAACAAUGUCCAUGAGUUUAUAGCAGGGGAUGAUUCAAACCAACUGGGGGAUGACAUUUGUAGGGUGCUAGAGCUUUUGGCUUCACAGCUUAGCAGGAAAACUUCUCUAACCAUAGCCAGUGACGAAGGAUGUUAAAAAUAUUGUAAAUUUUCAUUAGAUGAUGCAACCAAUAAUAUUGGCUUCUUAAUUGUUA